AUGGGCCCCUGUACCGCCUCCUCAUGCUGCUGCCAGGCCCGUAAUCUGCCAUGGGCCCCCGUACCGCCUCCUCAUGCUGCUGCCAGGCCCGUAAUCUGCCAUGGGCCCCUGUACCGCCUCCUAAUGCUGCUGCCAGGUCCAGAGUGUGUCAUGGGUCCUUGUACGGCCUCCCAUUGCUGCUGUCUCCAUCGCCACACUCUGCCAUGUGUCACUUUCAGGUCUCCUCACACUGCUGGUGGGUUCCAUUUUGUCAUAGGGUGCUGUAUGGCCUCCCAUUGCUGCUGCCUCCAUCGCCACACUGUGGCUCCACACUCUGGUUUUGGCCCCGUGACUGCCCAAAUGAGUGAAGUGUGCGGUGAUUCUAAGAUCGACGGCACUCAUCUGCAAGGCAUACUGACUGACAGUAUUAUUUCUCUUCCCCAGCAGACUCCAAGGGCAUUUAAAUUAAAGGUACAGUGUUCUGCACUAAUAUGA